AUGAACAUCAUCUUGGUGGUACUUUUUCUCUUGUCCACUCUAGUUGUGUUCAUCGAGUCACAUAAUCCAAUUAAUCCAGUAAAAGCAAAAACGUGGGUGGUGAUCACUAAUGAGCUAGAAGGAGGACGGGAACUGAAGAUUCAUUGCAAGUCUGGAAAUGACGACCUCGGCUUCCACGUGCUCAGGCAACACGAUUGGUUCCAGUGGCAUUUCCGACCAAAUUACUUUGAUAACACACUCUUCUUUUGCGCCAUGGAUUGGGGAGAAGGGGGAAUUCAUUGGUUUGAUAUUUACGUUCAGCAUAGAGAUUACGACAGAUGCAAACAUUGUCAUUGGUUCGUCAAAAAGGGAGGCCCGUGUUUAUCUCUGAGUGAUCAUCAAGCUUGUUAUCAUUGGAACCCACAGGGGAUGAUGCUAAGGGAAUCAGAAAGUUUUGAUUGA